AUGAUGCGUUACUACCAACGAAGACAAAGGCCGACACAAGUUUCGUCAGAGCUUCCCCUUGAAAUUAUCGUUGAGAUUUUGAGUUGGCUUCCUGUGCUGUCUUUGCUGAGAUUCAAGUGCGUGUGCAAGCAAUGGUUUUUGUUGCUUCAAGACUACAAGUUCAUUGCAAAACACAGAGAUCGGACCUGUUACACCCUCCCACCUUCUUAUCAUUGCGAAUGGGAUAAAAAACCGUUUGCGACUGUUUGUGAUGAAAAUUUCAUGCUUAAAUGUUGUUGUUCUGGCCUGUCUUUGGAGAAGAGUACAACAUCUCAAGUUUGCCGUAUUAGAAAUCCUGCGACCCGCAAAAUGCUCUACUUGCCUGAUGCACAGGUGUGUGACGCAGAAUUUAUGGACCUCGGUUUCAAUUCACUAACUGGUGAGUGUAAAGUGUCAUGUGUUUAUUUCAAUAGGGCACAGAAAGAGGUAGGUGUUGAAGUGAUAACAGUUGGAAAGGACGAAACAUGGAGACCUUUGCACAAACAAAACCAGAACUGGCUGCGACGAGGCAAAGCAGUGCUGACUCAAUCUUGUUGUGGGGAAGAUAAGGUUGAAUGGGCUCUUCAUUUACCCGAAAUUAUAACCGAGGGGCAUGAUAUGUGCUUACAAAUUCAUUCUCUUGAUCUGUGGAGUGAAUGUCUCACCACUACUACUCUUCCUCAAGGAGUUUUCGUAGAUUUGGAGAAUCUCCGGACGUUUCUUUGGGAUAAUCGUCCAGCCGUUGCUGAUAUAGUAGGGGGAGACCUUCACAUCUUGGUGUUGGUAGACUUCAAGGAACACAAAUGGAGUCAAAACAAGAUCAUCGUUCCCAUGAAAAAUUUAAAGGUCGACGACACAAUUUUGACGGAUGAAAUUGUUCUUAAACGAGUUUGUUCAAAUACACUAGAGUUUCAAAGUGGAGCACAACUUGUUUCCUAUGACAUGGAAAAGAAGACUGUUAUGGUUUUUGACAGUUUAGAGCUCUUGAAGAAACGAAUAGCUCUACUUAAGUCAACCCUCGUGUCUCUCAAGGAAAUGAGAUCAGAGGUUAACGGAGUACAAGACUAG